AGCAAACAUGAGUGGCCGAGGAAAGGGGGGUAAAGGACUCGGAAAAGGCGGCGCCAAGCGUCAUCGUAAGGUUCUCCGUGAUAAUAUCCAGGGCAUCACUAAACCCGCUAUUCGCCGCCUGGCUCGUCGUGGUGGUGUGAAGCGUAUCUCCGGUCUCAUUUAUGAGGAGACUCGCGGAGUGCUCAAGGUUUUCCUGGAGAACGUUAUCCGUGACGCUGUUACCUACACCGAGCACGCCAAGAGGAAGACCGUGACCGCCAUGGAUGUGGUGUAUGCUCUGAAGAGACAAGGCCGUACUCUGUACGGCUUUGGAGAGAAAACACAGAGCGGAGACACUGGCGCUGAGCAGAGGGCGUUGAGUCUCUACGGUUCUCAUGUGCGUUAUAACUGUGGUCCGCGCGCGCGCCCGGCCCACAGACUCGGAUCUAACCCGAUACGAACCCGAACCAUGACAGAGACCGCUCCCGUACCGGCCACCCCUCCGGCCAAAGCAAAGGCCCCCAGGAAGAAGGCCGCGGCCAAGAAGAAGGAGGGCCCCAGCCUCCAGAAGCUGAUCACCGGCGAGAUCGCCGCCUCCAAAGAGCGCAAAGGCGUCUCCGUGGCCGCUCUGAAGAAGGCUCUGGCCGCGAAGGGCGUGGAUGUGGCCAAGGCCAACAAGCGCAUCAACACCACCCUCAAGAAGCUGGUGACCUCUGGUGCCGUGAGUCAGACCAAGGGCACUGGCGCGUCCGGUUCCUUCAAACUGGCCAAGACCGAGGCCAAGCCCAAGACCGUGAAGAAGAAGGCCGUCGCCAAGCCUAAGAAGCCCGCGGCCAAGAAAGCAGCGAGCCCCAAGAAGAAGGCGGCCGUCAAGAAACCCGCAGCCAAGAAGCCCAAGUCCCCGGCCAAGAAAGCGGCGAAGAAGGCGGCGCCCAAGAAAGCAGCGGCUAAAAAGCCCGCCAAGAGCCCCAAAAAAGCGGCGCCCAAGAAGCCCAAGGCGGUGAAGAAGAGCCCCAAGAAGGCCCCCGCCAAGAAGGCCGCCCCUAAGAAGGCCAAAAAAACGCCUAGAGCAGAGAAAAUGGCCAGAACCAAGCAGACCGCGCGUAAAUCCACCGGAGGAAAGGCUCCCAGGAAGCAGCUCGCCACCAAGGCUGCCCGUAAGAGCGCCCCGGCCACCGGCGGUGUUAAGAAGCCUCACCGUUACAGGCCCGGCACAGUGGCUCUCAGAGAGAUCCGUCGUUAUCAGAAAUCCACCGAACUGCUGAUCCGCAAGCUGCCCUUCCAGCGCCUCGUCAGAGAGAUCGCCCAGGACUUCAAGACCGACCUGCGCUUCCAGAGCUCUGCCGUCAUGGCUCUGCAGGAGGCCAGCGAGGCCUACCUGGUGGGUCUGUUCGAGGACACCAAUCUCUAUCGCUAAACAACGAAAAUGAGUGGCCGCGGAAAGGGAGGUAAAGGACUCGGAAAAGGAGGCGCUAAGCGUCACCGUAAGGUUCUCCGUGAUAACAUCCAGGGUAUUACCAAGCCCGCGAUCCGCCGCUUGGCUCGCCGUGGUGGUGUGAAGCGUAUCUCUGGGCUCAUCUAUGAGGAGACUCGCGGAGUGCUUAAGGUUUUCCUGGAGAACGUCAUCCGUGACGCCGUUACCUACACCGAGCACGCUAAAAGGAAGACCGUGACCGCCAUGGAUGUGGUGUAUGCCCUGAAGAGACAAGGCCGUACUCUGUACGGUUUUGGAGGUUAAACGGACAGACGAACUGAAACACCAACGGCUCUUUUAAGAGCCACCCACAUAUGAUAAAGCGCUAACUUUCUCCUAGUCACAAUUAAACCAACAAUAUUGCACAACAAGGAAAAACGACUUCGGAGCUGUCUGUGGGUCUCCUUCAUGUAUGUUUAUGGUGUAAUGUUGAGCCUGGGCCUCUGAUUGUAUACCUUGACCAACUUUCAGCUAAUCAGAAGUCAGCAGAUUCCUUCUUUAAUGUAAAGAAAAGUAAGAUCCAAAUUAAACUUUUGGACAUUUGACCAAACAAUUUGAGCACCUGUAAAACCAAAGGAUGUAAAAUGUUUGUCGUACAAUACUCACAUCAAACUAAGCAGGGAG